CCCCCCCCCACCCCGCCGUACCGCUCGCGGAAUUCACAGUCGCACGCCGCCUCGCGUAGUCACUCUGAAACUGGCAGCUGACAAGUUCGUACUUAACAAACCGAAAAAAAAGUCACGUCGAAAAAGCAGAUUACCAACGCACAGAGUAUCCAUCGAUACAAAUUUCAUUGUUUGUACCACCAACGGACGCGAACAAGUGGCAAAAACAAAAGUGCUAAACAGUUGAACAAGUGAAAACGAGAAAGUGCAUCAACGUCCAGUCGACGACUGCGAGAAGAAGAAAAAAAAAAGGAAACGACGUAGAUGUCCAUCAGUUAACUACAAACACGGAGUCACACGACAGAUAUAACACUAGCGGUGAAACAACAUCGGUGAGGAGAGUACGAGGGAUUGAUAAUAAAUAUAAAUAUCAACGGACUUGCAGUUUUCGAGAAUAAAUAGAGGACCGGUGAAGAGGAGUGCCAGGAUUGUCUGUCGAGAUGGCGUUUAUGAUGCCUGUUGUUAAAAAUGAGUGGGAUAUUUACAAAACUAACCGUAGCAGACGCUCGUCGGAGUGUUCUAAUCCCCAGGCCUGUCGAAGUCGAAAGGUGAGGCCAUCCCAGGCGAUAAUCGUAGCAAAACGUGAGGCAGCGAAGAAACGAAAAAACCAGAAGUCCUCAGACAACUGUUACGUCCGUGACAUCUACCAAAUAGCCAUCGACGCUAAAAACAUGACUCGAGGGCCAACAGGUGUGGUUUACGAUCAGUCAAUGGCCGAGCACCGUUGCCUGUGGGACGACAAAUACCCAGAGUCUCCAGACAGGUUCACGAGGGUGUUGGGGAGGUGUCAGGAGCUGGGGCUCAUCGACAGGUGCAAGUUCAUCGAGCCCAGGCUUGCGAGAAUCGACGAGGUUCUCCUGAAGCACUCGGUCGAGCAGAUCGACAUUCUCAAGGCCACUGAGGGCUGUCGGGACGCUGAACGAUUGGAGAAAAUCUCCUCCAAGUACGACGCUAUCUACGUACAUCCGUCGACGUACAAAUUAUCUCUCCUGGCCACUGGCUCGACGAUAAACCUCUUGGAGAGCAUCUGCCGAGGUGAAGUGCAGAAUGGAAUGGCGAUAAUAAGGCCCCCAGGUCAUCACGCAAUGAAAUCCGAAUACUGUGGCUACUGUUUCUUCAACAACGUCGCCAUUGCCUCGGAGAAGAUGCUGGCAGAGGGCCUGGCUAAGAGGAUCCUCAUCGUGGAUUGGGACGUCCAUCAUGGCCAGGCGACCCAGCAGAUGUUCUACAACGACCCGAGGGUCGUGUACUUCUCAAUCCAUCGUUAUGAGAAUGGAUCCUUCUGGCCUAACCUGAGGGAGUCCGAUUACCAUUACGUCGGUGCAGGGGCUGGGAUUGGACACAAUUUCAAUGUUCCUUUGAAUAAAACUGGAAUGACAAAUGCUGAUUAUCUGGCGAUAUUCCAGCAAGUGCUUCUGCCAAUGGCUUAUGAAUAUCAACCGGAUCUAGUGGUGGUCUCAGCUGGUUAUGACGCAGCCUUCGGCUGCCCUGAGGGUGAGAUGGAGAUUACCCCAGCAUUUUAUCCUCACCUUCUGUCACCAUUGCUGGGCCUGGCCAACGGUAAAGUUGCUGUUGUUCUCGAGGGUGGCUACUGUCUCGAGUCCCUGUCAGAGUCAGCAGCCUUGACCCUACGAGCUCUCCUGGGAGAUCCCUGUCCCACGAUAUCGAUUCUCGACCCCCCAUCCCCAUCAAUAACCGAAACAAUCCUCAACGUCAUCUACACCCACAAGCCAUAUUGGGGCUGCUACCAGUACCAGGACACCUACACCGCCGGAUCAGCGAGCGAUGACAUCGUCAAACACCUUCCCAAGGUCAUCUACAAUGGGGAGGAAACAAAGCCAGAUGUCUAUCAGACUCGUAACUGUUAUCCAGUUCAGAGUGAAAGUCAAUUGAACGAAAUUCAUAACCGACUAGUUCUGCUGAAGCAGAUGACUAGUCUGAGCAAAGCUCCGCACAGGGUCUGCCUUGUGUACGACGACAGGAUGUUGAGGCACUUCAAUUAUGCUGAGGACAGCCAUCCCGAGACACCCAAGAGGAUCUCUGAGAUAUUUUCGAUGCAUGAGGCCUAUGGAUUGAUCGAAAGAUGUCAUAUUUUAGAAGGAAGAGCAGCCACAGAGGAGGAGCUCCUCCUAGUUCACACCAAAGAGCACAUUCGUAAAAUCCAGAAGAUGGCUGACUCGAAGCCAUCAGAGCUGACACACCAGUCUCGUGACCUUGACUCUGUAUAUCUCCACAAAGAGACGUGGACAAGUGCCAGUGUGGCAGCAGGAUCAUUGCUGAGGGUGGUGGACAGUGUUGUAAAUGGAGAAAGCCAGUCUGGAGUGGCAGUGGUGCGACCCCCGGGUCAUCAUGCUGGUGAGGACGGAGCCUGUGGCUUCUGCAUCUUCAAUAAUAUUUCGGUUGCUGCUAAAUAUGCAACUGAGUUUCACGGAUUGAAACGAGUUCUGAUUGUCGAUUGGGACGUUCAUCAUGGAAAUGGAACGCAGUCUAUUCUCGAGGAUGAUCCGAAGAUUCUCUACAUAUCUGUUCAUCGUUACGACAACGGGGCGUUUUUUCCGAGCUCGAAGGAGGCUAAUUACGACGUGGUGGGGACAGGCAGAGGUAAAGGUUUCAACGUCAACAUCCCUUGGAACCGUCGGAAGAUGGGUGACUCCGAGUACGUGGCGGCUUUCCAGCAGAUAAUCCUGCCAAUCGCCUACCAGUACAAUCCCGAGCUUGUCCUCAUCUCCGCCGGUUUCGACGCCUGCGUGGGUGAUCCCCUGGGUCACUACACAGUCUCCCCGGAGGCCUACGGUCUUUUCACCCACUGGCUGUCAUCCCUAGCCAACGGUCGACUGAUCCUGGCCCUCGAAGGUGGCUACAACGUCAACUCCAUUGCCUACGCCAUGACAAUGUGCACAAAGGCACUUCUCAACGACCCCCUACCACCCCUGCGGCCCCUCCCUGUCCCAUGUUCAAGUGCAAUUACUAGUAUUAAGAAUGUUCUCAAGAUACAGAAGACAUUCUGGCCGAAUUUAGUCUUCCAAGCAGCCCUGCCAAAGGAGAACGUCCUUCCCGAGGUCUCGAGCCUUGGAGGUGAGGCUGAAACCCCAGGUUAUGAGCAGAAAAUAGCAGACGAGCAGUUUAAGACUGAAAAGGGAAUGAAAAUGGAGGAUUUGGAGGGGAAUGUCGAGAGGAUGACCCUGAGAAAUACGACGGGUUCCCUCAGGGGCUGUGUCAAUCCAGGGGAAAAGCCCGGGGGGAGCUCGAAUCCUGGGGGAAGUGGAAGUAGUGGAGCUGGUGGAUCUAGUGGAGCUGGUGGAGCUAGUGGGAGUCAAGGGGCUGGAGCUGGCAGUGGUAAAACUCUACAGGAGUUUCUCUCAGAGAAUUUACGGGCCCUCAACGACGGCGAAAUGUUUGCCACUAUUCCCUUGAAGGACUGCCCUCAUCUGGAUUCUGUUCAGGAGGUGCCUUCCAGUGGUAUUGACAUAACGAGUCCGUGCGUGGACUGCAGUAGCGUCGAAGAGAACUGGAUUUGUCUCAUUUGCUACACGUCACACUGUGCCAGGAGUGUCAAUGAGCACGCUCUCUUUCAUGGAUUAUGCCUGGAGCAUCCCAUUGCCUUGAGCUUCACGGAUCUGUCUGUCUGGUGCUACGAGUGCGAGGCUUAUCUCGAUAAUCCUAAGUUGUAUCCAGCGAGGAAUAUUGUGCAUCUGAACAAGUUUGGGGAGGAGUUGGUGUGGACGUACAAUGAGAUUCACUUGAAUUGACGAGGUUGUGAAUUUUUUUUGGAGCCUUUGGAGGUGACUGGGGGGGUUUAGGAUGUGGGUGAAUUUUUUCCGUGUUCACAUGAGCGGAAUAAUAGAGUUUAAAACAGUUUAAAUAUUUUUAGGGAUUAAAUAAGCCGAGGAGUGCGAACACUGGAGAAUUCACUGGAGUCAUAACACUUGUAUAAAAAAAUCUAUAGACUAGGCUAUUAUUUAGGGGGGUGAUUGAUCGUAAGACGAUGUUCGUCUGACGAUUCCAAAACCCAUCACCUCGUCUGCUUAAAUCUGUAAAAAUAUCAUAACAAACAACAACAACGUAAAGCUAAUUAUUCAAUAAGUAAAAACGAUUGCGCUUGAUAACUGCGAGGAGCUACUUUUUUCACAAAAUAAAGGCUUAAGUAACAUGAAAAAA